CCUGACAACCAGACUGAGUCGUAGGCCACGACCCGGACGGCGACUGAGUCCGGGCAUAAAAAUGAUAUUGACCCCCUCAAGGAGGCGAGCGGAAGAGCAGAAGAUGGGGGAAGAAACGGCGCCAGCGGUGCUGAGGCUUAUCGAGAAGGCCACCAACUCGACGGCGCAUGAGGUCGAUCCUCGCCUCCUCAGAGCCAUCAGUUUAACCAUCCGCUAUUCCGAUGACGAGGUCCGCGCCGCCGUCCAAUUUCUCAUGUUCCAGAUGCGAAAAUCCCACUCACAGGUGCGGUACCUGGCUGUUCUUAUCAUUGAUGAACUCUUCAUGCGUUCAAAGCUUUUUAGAUCCCUUCUAGUGAUUCACUUCGACCAGUUCUUGAUCUUAAGUGUUGGUUUCAGGAGAAAUAUGCCUCUUCCUCCUCCUUUGUCCAUUGCAACUAAUUUGCGUAAAAUGAGCAUAGAGCUACUAGAAAAAUGGAAUGCGUCCUUUGGAAUUUACUACAGACAACUGAGAUUAGGUUUUGAUUAUCUAAAGAACACUCUCAGAUACCAAUUCCCCAAUCGGAUAGAAAAUGCAGCUCAUUUGCAACAAGAGAGAAGAGAAAGAGAAAUAAGAACACAGCAGAUUUUACUCAAUAAGUUUGAGCAUCUAAAGGAAAACUUCCCUUCUAUCAAGAGUGAGAUCCAAUCAACAAUUGAUGAAGCUGAAGAGUGUUUAGAAAUUUUUAAUGAAAAAGAAGAAUUUUAUCCACACAAGUUUAUUGAGGAAGAAGAGUUGGAAGAAUUUCAAUCACUUGCACUAAGGAAAAUUCGUUUAGAAUCACUGAAGGAGGGUCAAAAGGUUCAAGAGAAUAGUGAUAACAAAGCCAUCUUUGAUGCGCUAAGAGAGUUGUUCAAACUUCUAGUCUUGAAACAUUUGACAUCGAUACGAGAGUGGAUAUCAGUACUUAUCAGAGUGGAGCUCAGUGACAACAGAUUCAGGGAAACUGCAUUGAAGGAAUUGAUUGACAUCCAAAAGCAUAUCCAUUCUGUUAGAAAUAGAUGUGUUCAAUUAGGGUGUGUUCUGAAUGACCCUUCCAAUGAGGAAGAGGAAGACUUUUGGGAAGAGGGUAAAAUAGAAGAUUGCACAUUGGAGAACUCGAGCAGGUACAAAAGCUUAGUUCAGAGUCCUGUGGAUGCUCCAACUAUGGGAAAAGACAAGAAUGCAAAGCCAUUAGGUGAAAAUAACUUAUUUGCUAGUUCUGGUUCAUCAUCUCCAAGGUCAAGACUUUUGGCUGAAGCACCAGUGUUGACUUGGGGUCCAUUCUUGGAUAAUUGGGGCUCAAGAAGAGAUGUUUUGGCAAACCAGAGGGGGCUUGAACUAGAGAGCCAUUGGGGUAGAGUGGAUUUUGAUGCCAUUAUUCCUGCUGAGAAGAUUGCAGAGCUGAGCGUUUAUCGUACUGUCUAUGAAGAAGAGCAGAUAGAAAUCCAGCCAUGCCUUGCUCCUUUAAGAAAAGGCGGGCUUUGUCAAAGAAGGGACUUGAGAAUAUGCCCGUUCCAUGGACCUAUUAUUCCACGUGAUUCUAAUGGAAAUCCUUUAGGUGAAAGUCUAUCUAACAAAGGGAAACCUGAAAAAAAUUCUUCCAUCACUACAAAUGGAGAAAGUGAUGGCAUGUGUGUAGAAGAAUCUCUCAAGCUGAGCAACGUAUCAGUUGAGCAAUUGGCAAAACAAGCAGUCAAGAAUGCCAGGGAAAGAGAGAGAAAUGACAAGCUGUUGAAGAGGGCAAAAUAUGCAAAAGUUCGUCAGCAUAAUGACAUGGUCUUGAGAGAAGCAGCAAUUGCUUCCACAUCAUACUCAGGAGCUUCUGGAGAAUAUAGAGAAGCCUUACAAGAAAACCAAAAUGAACCAAAGAAAAAGAAACCCACAUUGUCAUCAAUGUUGAAGAAGAAAGUUACACCUAAAGAUAGAAUAAAUCAAAGGCUCUUGAAUACCCGAGUAACCGAUUCUGCAAUUAGGCAGGUGAUGCAGGGGGAAGAUUUGAACUACAGACAAGCUUUCCCAAAUCAGUGGUAGCUAGCUUGUGCGAUAGACUAAUAGAAUCCUUCCUCAUUUGUCUUUAUGGUCCUCAGCAAGCACAUUUCUGCAAGUAUAAAGAGUAUCUAAAGAGGUGGACAGUCUUCUUUCAUCCUGUAGCUCGACUUAUUUUUGUUUUUUUCAUUCUUUCACCCUUCUACAUUUCUGUUGGCUGAAUAUAUGUUUCUCAAUGGUUUGUCGAUUUCAUGACCAUGCUUUUUGGUAUAUACCAAUCUCAGAUAAGAUAUUUAUGUAUGAUGGUUAUAUUAUGUCUGAAAUUGGUUCCUGUUAGAUUCCCAUUUAUGUGAUUGUCACAGAAAACUGGGUCUUCAUCUUUUUGCUUUGGCUUUAUGUGUUUUUCAUAAUGUUAUAAAGAUUGCACCACGAAUAAAAGUAAGAUUUCUGGAAUUA